GAAAAGUUAAGCACGCGCUCGAAUAUCCGUACAAAAAUGGCGCUUUCCCUGUGCAGAAAACAAGUACUCGGGGCCACGGGUCGGCUCAACACUAGGGUACUGCGGUUCGAAAUUUCAAAGGUGCUUGCCAGCCGAUACUCGACGCAAAAGCAGCGUUCCAAGAUCUACGCCAGCGCCGACGAAGCGAUCGCAGACAUACCCGAUGGUGCAAAACUGCUCGUCGGUGGAUUCGGGUUGUGCGGCAUUCCAGAGAACCUGAUCGCGGCACUCGUCCAACAGCGAAAGAAGGACCUCACGGUCGUGUCAAACAAUGCCGGUGUGGACAACUUUGGGCUCGGGCUGUUGCUGAAAGAGAAGCUGAUCAAGCGCAUGAUCGCAUCGUACGUCGGUGAGAAUGCGGAAUUCGAACGUCAGUACCUGUCGGGAGAGCUGGAACUGGAGCUGACACCGCAAGGAACACUUGCCGAACGUGUCCGAGCUGGGGGUGCCGGUAUUCCUGCGUUUUUCACACCAACCGCAUACGGAACGCUCGUCCAUGAGGGCGGUUCCCCGAUCAAGUAUGGUCCCGGUGGUACGAUCGCGAUCGCUAGCGAACCUCGUCUGAUGCAAAUGUUCAACGGUAAACCGUACAUCAUGGAGGAGGCGAUCACCGGAGACUUCGCGCUUGUGAAAGCACACGUCGCCGACGAAGCGGGUAAUCUGAUCUUCAACAAGUCCGCGCGCAACUUCAACCCACCGAUGUGCAAGGCGGCCAAGGUGACGAUCGUCGAGGUGGAGGAGAUCGUACCGGUGGGUUCGCUUAACCCGGAUCAGGUCCAUAUGCCGAGCGUGUUCGUCCACCGCAUCGUGAAGGGACCAUCGUACGAAAAGCGGAUCGAGCGAUUGCGCGUCCGGGACACGAAGAAGGCCGGUUCGGUUGUGUCGUCCACGCCAGCGGCCAAGAUGCGUGAGAGGAUUGUGAAGCGUGUCGCAAUGGAGUACCGAGAUGGGAUGCACAUCAACCUUGGUAUCGGUAUUCCGGUGCUUUCGUCCAAUUUCAUCCCGGAAGGCAUGAAUGUGCUGCUGCAGUCGGAGAACGGAAUCCUCGGGUUGGGUCCUUUCCCCGAGAAGGACCAUGUUGAUCCGGAUCUGAUCAAUGCGGGCAAGGAAACGGUGACGGUGCUGCCGGGUGCGUCCUACUUCUCUUCUGAUGACAGCUUCGCGAUGAUUCGCGGUGGACACAUCGACAUUACGGUACUGGGAGCGAUGGAGGUGUCGCAGUACGGCGAUCUGGCUAACUGGAUGAUUCCUGGCAAACUGGUUAAGGGCAUGGGAGGUGCGAUGGACCUGGUGGCCGCCCCGGGCACGAAGGUGAUCGUAACGAUGGAACACAACGCAAAAGACGGUUCGCACAAGAUCCUCACGAAUUGCAACCUGCCGGUGACGGGGCGGAACUGCGUGGACAUGAUCAUCACCGAGAAGGCCGUUUUCAACGUGGACAAAGACCAGGGAUUGACGCUGAUGGAGCUGGCCGAAGACUGCACGGUAGAGGAGAUCAUCACGAGUACGGGGUGUGACUUUUCCGUUUCGCCCGAUCUGAAGAAAAUGGCUCAGGUGGAUGAUGCGUGAUGAAGCAAGGAUGCAAGUGCACGGACACGGAUGGACACGAUCAAUCGAUGACGACGAUUGUCCCCGUUCACGAACGGUUUUUAGGUUAUAAGAAUAUAAUGCCUGGUUUAGGAUCAUUGUACAUGGUUUAGCUCAGGUAAGGGCAUUUAAGGACAGGGUAAAUCGUACAGUACCUUGUAGUGCCAUCAGUGAAGAGGAUUUUCUUUUGCCAGACAGAAAGCUUCCGUUUGUGGCAAUUUAUAAGGCCUCGAUCGAUUGUUGCGUACAUCCUCUUCCCUCUUUCCCCCGGUUUUUGCAAGCUCCAACGUGAGGAUAAAGUCGAACUGAAAUAAAAUUUCUCAUCCAAUAACAAAACUAAAAGCAGCAACAACUUCGAAAAAAAAAAACAAAUAAAAUAUAAAUGGCAAUGAACCUGUCGCUGCUCGUGUGGUUUUUUCGCCUAUUAACGAAUCAUGGCAUUAUGCCUGUGG